AGCAACCAAUGGAGGAGCAGAGUUCCGCUCCCGCCCAUUUCCAGAGACACCAAUCUCAGACCUGUGUUUGCCUCGCCAAACUCCGCCCAGAUACUCACCACCUCACUGGAGGCCUUUCCUCUCCACUGCGACCGCACACCCAGAGAGAACGCCAUAUACUGUUUGGCCUUGGCCAGCGGGAGCCGGUGGUGCGUGUGUUCAGUGCAGUGACGGGGGAGACCCUCUCAGUCUUGGGCACUGUGUUUCUCCUGAGUACGUCUGUGGCCAGGCUCAUGACCCUGGUGUCCCAGCAGUGUGGGCUUCCCGUCAGCUCCUUCAGACUGAGCUCUCCCACCGGCCUGCAACUCUACGACUGCAACCGGCUGCACGACUACGCCAUUGACCUUGGGGCUACUCUACGGUUGGACACCUGGGAUGGGUGGGCGGAGUUCCUCAGAGGCUGCUUCCUGGGACACAGACUGACCGUCCAACGACACUUGUCUAGAGAGAGACCUGUGAUGAGGUUCCAGCUCCGGAUGGCACUCUACAUCGCUGCUUCUCUGGGCCACCUGGACCUGGCCGGCUGGCUGCUGGAGAGGGGGGUGCGUGUCAUUGAGCCGGUGGGGGUUCACCCUUACCGUGAGUGGUGCCACCAGACGGCCCACCCCGACGUCGCCAAGUGUCCCGCUGUCGCCUCCAUCGAGCGCGGCCAGCUCACCAUCCUCAAACUCUUUAUCGCCAGCAGCGUUCUGACCCUUGCCUGUCGGGAUCCCCAGGGUCGUGACCCCCUGAGGAUCGCCCUUCAGUACGGCCACAGGGAGUGUGUGAGUCACCUGGCCACCAAGCUGUGCUCUGUGGUGGUCCUCCCAGGUAUGGCCCUGCCCAUGCGGACAUACCUCCAGAUAAAGGGCUGGGUGAGGCUGGGGCAGAGGAGGGCAGCAUCCAGGCACUGCAUGGGCCUCAACAGGGCUCCGUUCAGGACCAGGGUGGGCGACACGGUCCUGGUGGACGGCUUCACCCUCCCCAAGAUGUCCUCCAAGCCCAGGAGGAGUGAGGCCAAGGCGGGUAUCAGGGUGAUGUCCACAGCCUCUCGACGUUUGACCCCCAUCAACUGCCCAUCUCAUGUAUCCUGCCCGCUCCGCGCCCUGGCAUCCCAGCAUAAACCUCUUCAACUACCGAAGCUACACCCUGUGGCCACGAGGGAUGAAAGAGAGAAGAAGAGAGGAUGUGGAGGGAAGGGAUGUGAGGAGGAUGAGAUUGGGGAUCAGAACAGCAACCAAUGGAGGAGCAGAGUUCCGCUACCGCCCAUUUCCAGAGACACCAAUCUCAGACCUGUGUUUGCCUCGCCAAACUCCGCCCAGAUACUCACCACCUCACUGGAGGCCUUUCCUCUCCACUGCGACCGCACACCCAGAGAAAACGCCAUAUACUGUUUGGCCUUGGCCAGUGCCUUCACACAGAGACCAUGGUUGCAGCAGCUGAAUGUAGCGCGGACUCUGUCCAGGAGGAGUGCUCAGCACAUUGGGUAGACACCAGGAU